GAAACAUUUUUAGUCGAUUAUAGUUUAUCUAUGUAAAACACACCUGUCUAAAUACUUAGUAUUGUUUAACGUUGUACAUACCUACGAUCAGUGUUAUUAGUUUUUUAUACUGUAGUGAGUGUUGCAAUGCAUGUUGCGCUACUUUUCAAUUUUAUUGUUAUAGUUAUCAACAAAGUUUUCAAUAAAUAACUUUCAUUACUAACAAUAGAAGCAAUGUAAUUUGGAUAAAAAUAUUUCCAAAUGCAGUAAAUCAAGUUGCCUAGUCAGAACAAAAUGGAAGAGGAGAUAAGAUGUUUUGUUUGUAAAGAAUUCUACAGAGAACCAGUAUUGCUGCCUUGCGGUCAUGCCCUUUGUCGAGUUUGUGCAGUUAAUUUGCAAACCCAUGUACACGAAAGUGAUAAUUCGGUAGCCUCUAAUGAUUACCAAGAAGCAGACAAAGCUUCGGUAUCUAGCGAAACUGACAGCGGAGUAGUAUGUGGAUCAAGGCCUAAUAGUUACGCAGGAACUCCGGCAGCACCCGCCUAUUCUAGUGCAGCAUUUACCAUAUCAUGUCCGUCGUGCAGUAAAGUUAUUUAUCUAGAUGACAAUGGUGCCGAGGGCCUACCUCCCUUUCGCGUUAUGCGAACUAUCGUUGAGAGGUUUGGCGGAGUCACAGGAGCGCCCCCAGCUGAAGAAGCAUGUCAGAUGUGUGAGGGUGAGCGACGGGCUGCAGUGGUUCGGUGUGAGCAGUGCUCUGUGCGAUACUGUGCGGGCUGCAGAGACGCCUGGCACCCGACGCGCGGCCCGCUGGCGCAGCACGAGCUGCGGGCACUGGGCACGACGUGUGCGGACCAUGGCUCGCCUCCAGUACUCUACUGCAACACUUGUCUUGUCCCCAUCUGUCAGCGCUGCCUUGCUGAACGACACUCAACACAUGAGACACAGGCAUUGUCCAUUGCUGCCAGAACUCAUAAGACUGAACUAUCCCAAUCAUUACAACAUCUAUCGGAGCAAGCUAAAGCCAUGACAGAAUAUAUACAGCUAGUCAAAGGAACAGGAGAAAAAAUUAAUGAGUCAUGUGAAGAACUAGAAAAACAAAUAGAUCAGGCUUGUUCAGAAGUAACUCGUGCCAUAGAGAGAAGACGCGACGAGCUAAUACGAGCGGCGCGCAACACCCGCUCGCAGGCCAUCACGAAUAUGCGCUCGUUGACGUCACACGCCGCACAAAAACUGAGGGAAGCUACUGCACUCUUACACUUCUCUAUAGAAGCCCUCAAAGAAUCGGAUCAUGCAGCCUUUUUACAGGUGGGUAGCAUUCUGUCGGCGCGCGCGCAGGACACGGCCUCCAGCCUGUGUUCGUCGCUGGACUCGCCGCCCGCUGCGCCAGCGCUCACCCUAGACAUCGAACCCGUACUGCGUACCGUCAAGAGUAUGAAUUUCGUGGAAUGCAUACCGCCCGGAGCCCCAGAGAUGGCGGUAGAGGCGUGUGCGGCGCGCGGCUGCUCGUGCACGCUGGCGUGGCGCGCGCCCGCGCAGCCGCAAGCCGUGCGGGGCUAUGUGCUCGAACUGGAUGACGGGCUGGGCGGGCCUUUUCGGGAGGUAUAUUGCGGUCGAGAAACGGUUUGCACUAUCGAUGGGUUGCAUUACGCUUCUCUGUACAGUGCUCGAGUAAAAGCUUUCAAUGGUGCUGGGGAAGGACCCUACAGCGAAGUUAUUGGACUACAAACAUCUCCAGUGGCGUGGUUCACGUGGGACGCUCGCUGCGCGGCGGCGGAGGGCGGCGUGGCGCUGAGCGCGGACGGGCUGGGCGCGGCGGCGGCGGGCUGGCAGCCGCGCGUGGCGCUCGCCGACCAGCCGCUGGCGCGCGGCAGACACUACUGGCGCCUGCGCAUCGACCGCUACGACGGCGACGCCGACCCCGCCUUCGGAAUCGCGCGCGCUGAUGUCGCCAGGGAUAAGAUGCUUGGCAGCGACGCGCUGGGCUGGGCGAUGUACAUCGACGGGUCCCGGUCGUGGUUCGUGCACGGCGGCGCGCACGGCGGGCGCGCGGCGGGCGGCAUCGCGCGCGGCUCCACUGUGGGCGUGCUGCUGGACCUCACGCGCGGCACGCUCAGCUUCACCGUGGACGACCAGCCGCAGGGUGACAUAGCUUUCACGGGGCUGCGCGGCGCGUUCUACCCGGCGGUGUCGCUGAACCGCGGCGUGGCGGUGACGCUGCAGCCGGGGCUGGCGCCGCCGCCCGACCUGCUCGUGGCGCAGCUCUCACUCGACUGAGCGUCGCGACACUCACGAUGAGGACAAUAAAACCCCACCUUAACUGCGCCUGUCUUACUGAUCGUCUGUUACAGUCUUGUCAAGCGCACAAUAUGAACUGUAAAUUCCUCUUAAACAAACAUUACUUAAAACGCCCAAGGCAAUACGUAAACUAUUCGUUUGUUAGGAAACUUAAUCAAUAUAUUACUGACGAAUAACGACGCCAUUAUUUAUUUCUAAACGUCCAUAGCUGUUACUUUGGUUCAUCAUUUGUACGAUAAAUACAUAAAUGUAUUUACUUAUUUUAUUUUUUAUAUUACGAAUAAUGUUUUUCGAGCUAUAUAUUUUGUAUCAAGGGAAGUAAUAGUGUCCCAGGCGAUAUCUUUUUAAUCGCCUAAUUAAUACGCAA